AUGCAAUACUUCAGUGGAGGUUGUUGGGGAGUGAAACAAUCAAAACAGCAUAUCAUCGCACAUAAAAUACUAGGUAUGUUUAUCAAAGCAUUUUACAUAAAAAGGUUAUUUCCGAUUCUGUUAUUUUUUUCCUCUUUUUGUCAAUUUCUCACUUGGUUACAAGGCCUCAAACAUUUUCAAAAAGUGAAUUACAUACCACGAAAAUGUUUACGCUGCAGAAACUAUGACCAACCACAAGAAGCAGAAAGUUGGCAAACAAAUCACCGCAAAUUAGCAAUCAAGGUGAAAGAUUCCUACAGUAUCGGAAAAAUGGAGAACAUGAGCAAAGCGAAUGCGCUAUUGAAGUGUAAGCAGAUUAACAACUACCACCAUCACGGCAAUCACGGCAUAAAGAAUUUACUGACCAUUUUACACAACCAAUAUCUACAAGUUGAAGUUGCAUAUCGCAAACAAUUUUGCCAUCGUCUCUACUUCUCAAAGCAUCAAUCAACAUUACGCCUUAGCUAUCGAACAGAGUGCUCAGCAUUUACAGAAAGUGACGCAACAGAACAAUUUCUGUGUAAGAUUUUUUGCACUAAUUUUGGUUGCUUCAUAGAUUUAGCCAACAUCUCUUUUGCAAGAGUUAAUUAUCUUGCUUUAUUAAACAGUUUAAAUGUUCCCGCGUACAAUGUCAUUAUCAUCUAUGUAAACAUGAUAUCCACAAUGGCAUUAGCGCAAGCAUCAUCUAAUCCUCCUAAUUUGUCUAAAAGCACUGAGUCUAUUAGUCUCAACUUCAGUGCUAAUAUGAGGAAGAGGCUUUUAUUAAAUAGAAGCAAGGUUAAAAUUGUAUUAAUAAAAGCAAAGAGUCUCAUUCUAACAUUACCCGGAAAAUUGUUCGCCAUUGUAAUGCACUUAAAAUAA